CUCACAUGUUCUUUUACAGAAGUUGAAACAAAAACCAUAAGAAACGACACCAGAAAUUCAUCAAGAUAGUCCAGAAUUGUUGAAGAACCAAAAAUGGAGAAAGAAGAAGAGAAAGCCUACAGAGCUCACUGUAUAGUAUUGCCCUAUCCAACCCAAGGCCACAUAAACCCCAUGCUUCAAUUCUCUAAACGCAUACAACACAAAGGGGUUAAGGUCACUCUUGUUAAUACACGUUUUAUUUCCAAUACCAUCACCCAUAAACCAUCAUCCAGUACUUCCAUUGCUCUUGAAACCAUAUCAGAUGGCUACGAUGAAGGUUGUAUAGAUCACGCAGAAAGCGUCCAGGUCUACCUAGAUACCUUCAGGAAGGUGGGUUCUCAAACUCUUUCCAAUCUUGUUGAGAAGCUAAAUGCCUCUGGCUUCCCUGUAGAUUGCAUUGUUUAUGAUGCUUUUAUGCCUUGGUGUCUUCAAGUUGCGAAGAAAUUUGGUUUGCUUUCUGCCGUUUUUUUCACUCAAUCUUGUGCUGUUGAUAUCAUAUACUAUCAUGUUUUUCGAGGGAUGAUCAAACCUCCCGUUAAGGAGAAUGAAAUCUUAUUGGCUCCUGGAUUGCCUCCACUUGAAGUUCAAGAUCUGCCAUCUUUCAUUCAUCAUUAUGGAUCUUACCCUGCAGCUUUUGAAAUGCUUAUGAAUCAGUUCUCCAAUAUUGAUGAAGCCGAUUGGGUUCUCUGCAACACGUUUUAUGAGUUGGAACAAGAGGGGGCAGAUUGGCUGGCGAAGCUUUGGCCAUUGAAGACAAUUGGACCAAGUAUGCCAUCCAUGUACUUAGACAAGCAAAUACAAGAUGAUAAAGACUAUGGUUUCAGUAUAUUUAAGCCAAAUAAUGAAGCUUGCAUGAAUUGGCUUAAUCAUAAGCCAACAGGGUCAGUUGUAUAUGUGUCUUUCGGGAGCCUGGCAACUCUAGGAGCUGAGCAAAUGGAAGAGCUGUGUUGGGGUUUGAGGAGUAAUUGUUACUUCUUGUGGGUCGUAAGAGAAUCUGAAGAGGCAAAACUCCCAGAAAACUUUGUACAAGAAACUUCGGAGAAGGGUUUGGUGGUGAGAUGGUGUCCACAGCUACAGGUCUUAGCAGAUGAAGCAGUGGGAUGCUUUCUCACACAUUGUGGAUGGAACUCAACCUUGGAGGCAUUGAGUUUGGGAGUGCCAAUGGUGGCAAUGCCACAGUGGACAGACCAAAGCACCAACGCCAAGUAUAUUAUGGAUGUUUGGAAAAUGGGAAUUAGAGCUCCAAUGGGUGAGAAAGGGGUUGUUGGAAGAGAUGUGAUAAGGGAUUGCAUAAAAGAAGCAAUUGAGGGAGAGAGCAGGAAAGAGAUGCGAGAAAAUGCAGAGAAAUGGAGAAAUCUAGCCAAAGCAGCGGCAGAUGAAGGUGGAAGUUCCGAUAAGAACAUUCGUGAGUUCGUCGGAAAUCUGCUUCACGAUCGAUCCUAUGUUUCCCCUUGUACCAAUUAAGUAUAGUCACAUUUUGAGUACUUUACAUUAUUUUAUUUUAAUUAAUAAAUGGAUGAUUCGAUGUGUGGACAUAA